UGUGAAAUUUGUAUUGACAGAAAAAACAAUCUCAUUUUGACAAUAAAGAUCAUAUUGUAACAACGCAGCCAUAUUUAUAACAGUUCAAAAGUUUUUGUCAACUUUAAACAAGAGGAGUUUAAAUUGGAUCAGAGAGAUAGUUAAUAACAGCUACCAAUAUGAUUUAUAUUCUGUUACUUUUCUGUCUCCUUCAAUCGACUGCAAAAGAGAUUUCAAAUGACCACUCUCGUAAUCUAAAGGAAUGGAGACAGCCAUGGUUUUGUCAUGACGUGGAAUGUCGUCCCUACGUUGUUGUCAACAAGACAGACACAUUUGAAACAAGAUGCUACCCAGCAGCUUUAUGGUGGAUGGCUUUCAGAAAUAACAUACCUAUUGGCGAACCAAAUGACUUCGCACCAUUAUAUAAAGUUAUUCGGCAAUACAUCGACGGAUACAACGUUAAGAAAAUACACUACAAUUUAACAGUACCUGUUCUCCUUCGUAUUGAUAUAAACCAAACAUACAUCAGUUUGCACUCCCACGUGUGGGUCCCGCCUCGUAUCCUUCCUCUAUUAUCCAAACCGUUAAAUCCAAACUUUCAUUUCGUCGAAACACGUGAUUAUUGUGUGUAUGUACGUUCUUUCGGUGGCCGUAUACAUAGCUACAACAAUGAGUUGAAAAAACAAGUAGCAGAACUGAAAAGUGAUCUUGAUAAAGCUGGACUGGAUUAUAAACGCAAUUUCGUAUGGUUUGCUGGAUACGAUGCGCCGUGGAGAGUGUAUGGUAGACAUAAUGAAGUAUGGCUUCGACUAAAACAUGAUAGUGAAGAUUACAUGAACCAAGUUUAGUUAUGGUAGACUCAACGUCUCUAACCCUAACAAAACUACUAUUUUUUAAAAUACAUUUUGAAGUCUUACACUAUCAUAAGUUCUCCGCUGUAAAAUUGUGUUACUUUUUCCUUGUCUCCACUAUAAAAGACCUCUA